CGCCCUUCUACAAACUCCAUGUAAAUCCUGAGUAUUCAUAGAGGAGUCUAUGUUACGAAGAUCCUAUUCACCGAUGUUCCACGCGUCCUAGCCGUACUCUCCAUGGAUCCAUGAAGCAUCAACUGUUAUAAAGCCUAAAUCCUGCCACAGCAGGACGGUUUCGUCAUCUUGUGACAUCGAGUUCCAUUCGUCGGAAUCUUCGGAACUCGGUUUAAGCAUUCUGGACUGUCCUUUGGAGUCUUCCGACAAAUUUCCCUACCUGUAGUUGUUAUGACCAAGAACUUCCCACGGGUUGUCGAGAUGGUAAAACCAGCCAAACUCGUGGAAAGGAGAACCCAUUUCAUUCCAGGGAAGCUCAGAGUGACGGAACACUUCUUUGAAGUGCCUCGAGAUCACGCCUCCCCUGAACGCGGUACGCUUCGACUUUUCGCUAGAAGCGUACGUAAGGCAACGCGUCCAAUCGAUCCAUCGGAUGAGAAACAUGAACGACUUCCCUGGAUGCUUUAUCUUCAAGGAGGCCCAGGAUUCGGUUGUGCAGCGCCUCAGUUGACACCAUGGACAGAAACUGUGCUUGAUAAAGGCUAUGAGUUGCUUCAUCUUGAUGCCAGAGGAGUCGGAUUGAGUUCUCCAUUAUCCGCUUCAGUUCUUGGCCUACGUGGAGAUGAAGAAGUCCAAACUAAUUAUCUCAAGAGCUUUGGCGCAGUUGAUAUUGUUCGAGAUUGCGAAGCAAUUAGACUGGCGCUUAUGGAUGGAUAUCCCCCCGACAAUCAGAAAUGGAGUCUGAUGGGCCAAAGUUUCGGUGGUUUCUGUACCGUCACAUAUCUCUCCAUGUUUCCAAGUUCGUUAAGGGAAUGUUUCCUCCUUGGAGGGCUGCCACCCAUUGGGAAACACCCCGAUGUCGUCUAUGAGCGGCUUUAUAACCGAGUUCUUACGCGGAAUGAAAAAUACUAUGCGAAAUACCCGGAAGACGUGGACCGCGUCAAGCAGGUCACCUCUCAUCUGGUCCGAUUUGGAAACAAUACUGUCCGACUGCCAUCAGGGGGCUCACUAACUGCAAGAAGAUUUCUGCAGCUGGGGAUCAACUUCGGUGGCACAGGAGGAUUUGACGUCGUCCAUGAUCUCGUACUACGGGCAACUGGUGACUUGUCGAACUUUGGGCAUCUCACCCGGCCGACCUUGUCAAGUAUCGAAUCUCAACAAGCGUGGGAUGACAACAUCAUCUACGCCAUCUUACACGAAUCAAUCUAUUGUGAAGGAGUCGCAUCCAACUGGUCUGCUCAACGCAUUCGGGACAGACGGGCUGAAUUCAACCUUGACAAAGAUGGCCCUUUAUACUUCACAGGGGAGAUGAUUUAUCCUUGGAUGCUUGAAGAUUAUGCGGAACUCCGAAAGUUGUCCGGCCCAGCAAAUGCGUUGGCUAAAUUCCCGGGGUGGGGGACUCUAUACUCUCCUGAUCAGCUUGCAAAGAACGAGGUACCAGUGUAUGCAGCGGUAUACAUGGACGACAUGUAUGUCGAUUUCGACCUUGCUCGCGAAACGUCCUCUAUGAUACGGGGUUGCAAGGUCUUCAUCACGAACACCAUGUAUCACGACGCAUUGAGAUCGAAGACUGCUGAUGUUCUGAAGGCCCUCUUUGCCCUUCGGGAAGAUGAAAUGGAUUGACAUGUGUAAUUAAACACUCUCCAUGCCGGCUCGGUACGAGCAUAAUAAAGUACGACGCAUCACCGAUGCAAUAGAUUUGCCCAAGCUGCUUGACCGUGCCUCUUUUCUUUAAUGGUUGCUCCCUACUUGGUCGUUGAUAACCCCUUUUCGUCAUGACCUUCUUAUUCAUUUCUACCUUUAUUUGUGUGAGCCAGGUGCACUCUACUUUAUGAUGCGUUAUUAUUGGAUGGUUUCUAUUGCUCAUCUAUAAAUCUUGUCUCCUAACCUCGGGUACCUAAUCUAUCUAACUAUAAUAUUGAGCACUUCAACCUCUCUCCGCACCUCUACACACAGCAUCUUUCCUUGACGAUUCCAAAGAUUCCUUACUGUG